AUGGCGACGGACGUAUUUUACUUGGUGACAGAGAUUACCAUAGCUGUGCUGGCCGUAUUCGGUAAUGGUCUUGUAAUGUGGGUCAUAUUCAAGUACAAACGCAUGCAGACGAUAACAAAUUUGUUUAUACUAUCACUUGCCGUAGCAGAUUUUCUAGUGGGACUCUUGGCAAUUCCUUUCGCUAUCAUGACUAGCCGCGGUAUUCCUUCAAACUUUCAAGGGUGUUUGUUCAUGCUGUCAUUUCUCCUAUGGCUCUGUACAAGCUCGACGUACAGUCUAAUUGGGGUGAGCGUGGACCGAUACUUGGCCAUUGCGCACUCGCUGAGAUACCAUACGAUCAUGACGACCAAAAGUGCCGUGGUUAUGAUCACCAUAUCUUGGUUAGUAGCCGGCAUUAUCGGCACGCUUCCUCUGAUGGGGUGGAACAAAGGUCGCCCAUCGGAGCCGCAGUGUUUAUUCAUGGAGGUAAUACAUAUGGAAUAUAUGUUCUUCAAUUUUAUAUUUGCCAUUCUUGUACCAUUGGUAGUGAUGCUUGUGAUAUAUGGAUCCAUUUACCAUGCCGCCAAAAAACAGAUACGAAGUAUUGCUGCCUUAGAAGUAGGUCUACCACAGACCAAUUCUCGGAGAAGGACAAAGAAGGAAUUAAAGGCAGUCAAAUCACUCGCCGUUAUCUUUAUCGUCUUUAUGGUCUGUUGGUUUCCUAUAUAUAUCCUGAACACUAUAUUCCUCUUCUGUCCCACAGGAUGUGACGUACCGCUUGAGUUGCUACUGUUUGCUAUAUUGCUAUCUCAUAGUAACUCAGCUGUCAACCCAUUUCUCUAUGGGUUUGGCAGGGACUUCAGAACAGCAUACAGACGAGCUUUUGUAACGCUCUUUCCGUGCGCAAAAGACGCGUGCCAUGGCCCUGGUAUAGCGAGAGACAGGGAAAACAGUAUCACAAUGUCAGUUAUUGAUAGAAUACCGACAUCUCCUACUUAUGUCAACGGGAAUAUAGAGACUGCGAACUCAUAA